AUGCCCAUGUACGAUCAAGUGUCAUGGAAUGCCAUGCUUGCAGCAUAUGCCGUGCACGGGCAUCUGCAAAAAAUGAAGGAUUUGUUCUCUAAGAUGCCGGUUAAAGACUCCGUGUCCUGCAACACUGUUCUAGCCGCUCUAGGAGACCGAGGCCUUGUUAAUGACGCAAGAUGCCUUUUUGACGAGAUGACCAACCGAGACAUUGUGAGCUGGACGUGCCUUCUCCAAGCAAAUGCCUCUAGAGAAGAAAACCAAGAGUUUCUAGCGAUCCGCGAUAAAAUGCCCGCCUGGAACAGCGUCUCCAACCUCGCAACGCUGCAAAAACACAUCCAAAUCAGCCAGCUCGAGGCCGCCAAGAACGCAUUCGAUUCCCUCGCGGAGAUCCGGAGCGUGGCGGCGUGGACGGCGAUGGUGGGCGGCUAUGGCGACUCCGGCCACCUUGGCGCCGCCACUGCCAUCUUCCACAAGAUGCCGCAGUGGAGCAUCGUGUCGUGGACAGCGCUGCUGCGAGCACAUGCGCGAGACUCCGCCGCCGCCGCGCGCAAGAUCUUUGUCGCGAUGCCCGGGAAGAACAUCGCCUCCUGGAACGCGAUGCUCGCCGCCAGCGCCCAGAGCUUCGAGAGUUCGGAUCUCCUCCUCCACCGGAUGCCCGCCUGGGAUCUCAUCACCCUCACCGCCGCCGUCGCGAUCUUCUCCCAAUCCGGCCACAUUGAUCGCGCGAGGGUGUUCUUCGACGCCAUGCCCGAGAAGGAUCCCGCGUCGUGGAAUGCGAUGGUGGCGGCGUAUGGGCGGCGGCCAGGCGGCGCCGCUGCGCUAGAUCUCUUCCAGGAGAUGCUGCUCGAGGGCGUGGCCGCGGACGCCACGACGAUCAAGAGCGUGCUGGCGGCGCUGAGCCACGGCGGCGAUUCGCGCGCCGCGUGCUGCUGCUUCGCGUCGAUCGCGAGCGGCGAUUUCGCCGGGACGAUCGACUCCCCGAGCCACGAUCACUACAGCAGUGUGAUCGACGUCCUGGCGCGGUGCGGGCGAUUGGGCGACGCCCAGGAGCUGCUCAAGGCGAUGCCCUUCCCGGGCGACGCCGCGGCCAGGGUGAGCUUGAUGGCGGCGUGUAGGACUCACGAGGAUGUCGCGCGGGGAGUGGUGGUGGCCAGGGAUCUCCUCCGUAUAGAUGGGGAUAGCUCGUCUUCGUGGCUCUCACUUCUAGCCAACAUGGUCAAGCCCUAA